AUGAUUUCAGCUCUAGCUCAGGUAAUUGGAAAUACUGACCAAACCCCAGUUCAACAAGUGCAAGGAAAUCCAUUAAUCACCUCACAAUCCAGCCCUGCAGAAAGCCAAUCUCAACCAGCACUGCAAGAUCAAGGGAAUGUGAGGAGACAACACUAUAGAGGAGUGAGGCAGAGAAAGUGGGGAAAGUGGGCCGCUGAGAUUCGUGAUCCGAUUAGGGCAGCCCGGUUGUGGCUGGGCACUUACGACACGGCUGAGGCUGCUGCACUUGCCUAUGAUAAAGCAGCUCUCAGCUUCAAGGGAAGCAAGGCUAAGCUUAACUUCCCGGAAAGAGUUCAAGAGAGCUCAGAAUUUGGCAACCUCACAAUUACCACUCAACAACAACACAACUUGAACAAUCCGGAAAAUGUUGAACGAGUUCAAGUUACAGACCCUGUGGUUCCCAAUCCUCCUCGUCAGGCUAUUUCUCAACCGACAUAUUCCAAUGUUUUUAAUUAUGCACCCUAUGUUCAAGGUGGAAGUAACAACGUAGAUUAUAAUGUUCAUCAAGUGCUGCCAUCUCAUGAGAAUCACGGACCGCAAAUCUUACCCGCCACAUCUUCUACAUCAUCUUCCAUGCCAUCUCAACAAGAAGAGCUCCGAAGAACGCAGGUUGGUUCUUCUCGUUCGAGUUCGGAUCUUCCUAAUAAAUAUAGGAAAGACUUCGAAGGCAGUCACUCAAGAUGA